UUCUUUCUAUUUCUUUCUCUCUCUACAUAUACAUAUGUCUCUCUCAUACUUACUGUAUCGGUGUCUCUAAAAUCUCUAUGGUGUCUGCAUAAUGCAUUUCAAUGGAGCCCUAGUUUUGUUGUUCUCUCCAGACGCCAUUGUUGGUCUUGGCAUCUGAUUGAACCCUCGAAAUGCAGAAUGCAGAAUUCAUAGGAAGCAAGUCAAUAUAACAUCAUGAACUACUCUUCCUUAAGUCUAAGUGACAUGAAUAAAGAAAAUAUUCCUGUUGCUAAUACCCAAUGCACCACAGCACGUGUCACUAGAGCACGUGCUAAAGCUUUAGGAACAUCAGGGGUUUUGCCACCACUACAUCCUGUGGUGAAAGUGAAACAAGAACACAAACAGAUCCUUCAACCAAAAACCAAAAGAGCAUCAUCAGAUAACAAGUCUGCAUCUACUGAUGUUGCUCCUAUUGUCCAAUCCAAAAGAAGAGCUGUUCUCAAAGAGAUCACAAACAAUCCCUUUAAUCAUUCCAGCAUAAAACUCACAGAUGGAAUUAGACUUCAGAUUAGCAAUGAGGUCAAAAGAUGUACUUCCAAGAAGAAUGAUAGGGUGAUGGUGGCAGUGGCAGUGGCACCAUCUGUUUGUGUGAGCCCUCAGGGAAAAACAACAACAGAAGCCUUAAAUGAUGAAUCCAUUAUUGACAUUGAUUCCAAACACAAGGGUCCACAAAUGUGCAGCCUAUAUGCUACAGAAGUGUAUAGCAAUUUACGCACAGCAGAGCUUAAGUGGAGGCAUUCUGUUGAUUACAUGAAAACAGUGCAGCUGGAAAUCACACAAGAAAUGCGGAGUAUUCUAAUUGAUUGGCUUGUGGAGGUUUGUGAAGAGUAUGGACUAGCUUCAGAAACAUUCUACCUAACAGUUGCUCUCAUUGAUCACUAUCUUUCCAAGAAAAACAUUGGAAAAAGAAGACUCCAAUUGGUUGGUAUAACCAGCAUGCUUAUUGCCUCAAAAUAUGAAGAAAUUUCUGCCCCACGUGUUGAAGAGUUCUGUUUUAUCACUGAUAGCACCUACACAAAAGGAGAGGUAUUGGAGAUGGAGCAACAAAUACUGGAUGAAAUAAGCUUUCAGCUAUCUCUUCCAACUACAAAGAAGUUCCUUAGGAGAUUUCUUCUAGCAGCACAAAGUUCUUAUAAGGCUCCUAUUAUAGAACUGGAAUAUCUGGCAAAUUAUUUAGCAGAGUUGACUCUAAUCGAGUAUAGUUUCCUAAAGUUUCUACCAUCCCUCAUUGCUGCUUCAGCCGUGUUUUUAGCCAAAUGGACACUUGAUCAUGAUGAAUAUCCAUGGAAUGGUACUUUAGAACAUUAUACUGGUUACAAGGCAUCCGACCUAGAAGUUACAGUUCUGGCCCUUCAAGAUUUGCAACUUAACAAUGCAGCCCCUCUCCAUGCUAUACGCCAAAAGUACAAGCAACAGAAGUAUAAAAGUGUUGCAACGUUAACUUCCAGAAAACCUGUGAAAUUGGUGUUGUAAAAUGUGAUGAAUUAUGAGCCGGGAUUUUCUGGGAGAAUUUGUAUUUCCUGUUUUGGAUAAUUUAUCAUCUUAAUUUGGAUGCAACGUUUGGUGCUUGUUGUAAGUGGUAAUUAUUAAUUAACCACAUGUUGUAAUCAACUAUGGAAUUUCUACAAGUGUAUUGUAAUGUUGCAAUUAUGAUGGAUCAAACAUUUUGUGU